CACAUCCAUCUCCCCGCGAGCCCUCCCUCCCAACAGCAUCGGACACCCACCUUCAUCACACAAGCAACUCUCUGCGACACACUCUCACGCACCACACUCCUGACCCACGCGCAGUAGCUGGCGCCGCAUCCCGCCGCCCGGCGCGCCAUGUCAAGCCGCCUCUUCGCCAAGGCGGGCCGCCUCUCGGCGCUCGCCGCGCUCAAGGCCAAGCGCGAGGGCGGAAGCUCGGCGCCGCAGCGCAAGAGCAAUGCUGAUGACUCCGACUCGGACGCGCUGUACGACGAGGUGUCUGAAGACGAGUACGCCAGCAUCGUGCGCGGCCGCAUGAUGGACGACGACUUUAUUGAGGACGACGACGGCAGCGGCUACGUCGACGACGGCCGCGACGACUUUGGCCCGCGUGCGCAGGACGACGAGGACGACGACAGCGAGGACGACGCCGAGUACUUCGAGCGCACUGGCCGGCGCAAGCCCAAGAAGGGCACCAAGGCCGCCGCCGCUGCCGCCAAGAAGAAGUCAGAGACGCGUGCGUACGCCAGCGGUGCCGGCGUGCCAUCCGCCUUUGGUCGCUCGCCCGCCGCUCCUGCCGCGGCAGGAUCGAAGGCAGCGACAGCCAAGAAGCGUGACGCAGCCUACGCCCGUGCCGGUGCGACCAACGCGUACCGUCCGGCAAUGAGCAGCGAGAAGGAGGCAGACUUCAUGCAGCGCCUCAUCGGCGGCCUCGACAGCGGCGACGCGCCCGCCUCGCCCAGCCCUGCCUCGCGAGGGCUGUCGGCCUUUGGCACGACUGCGCUCUCGUCGCGCAAGCGCAAGCCCGAGGCACGCGGCGACUUCGCAGCCUUCCGACCAAGCAGCAUCCGUGACAGCAGCCCCAGCAGCGCCGCACCAUCCUCCGACCCGGCCGAUCCGCCAUCGGACGGCAUUGCGCCGCAUGUGCACGUCGCCGGCAGCGACUCGCCGCCGUGGAUGGACGACGCUGAUCUGGAUGAGGUGCCGUCAAGCAAGCGCAUGCGUGGCCACGUCUCCUUCAAGGACCAGGACGGCGACGCGAUCAUGGGUGUGGCGGAGGGGCCAGGCGUUUUCGCUGCGCUAGAGCAGCGGCGAGCCGCAGCCAUCAAGGCAGAGGUGCUGCCCUCGGACGAUGAUGACGACGACCUGGGCUUCUCGAUCAAGGCGAGUGUCGCUGGCUCGCGCGCUCCUGUCGUCAACGCCGCUGCCGUGCCGCAGCGCAAGGCUCCGCUGGCGGAGCAACAGCCAAAGGCCCAGCCGAAGCUCUCAGCACCCGUACCGGCCACGCCGUCGCGGCCAGAGGCAAAGGCGCCGACCUCUUGGCAGUCUGUCGCAGCCAAGCUCAACAAUGUCGCCUCCGCGCCGGCCCCAGAGACGCCGUCGGUGCCGCCGCCGCGGACAAAGGCCGCACGCGAGAUGGCCAACGCAGCUGCCGUCUCCUCACCAGCAACGACGCCCGGUGGCAGCAGCCGCGGCAAGGUCCGCGCCUUCGAGGACGACGGCAAGAGCGUGCGCUUCUACUGGCUGGACUACGCCGAGCAGCAGGGCGCCAUCUACCUGACGGGCAAGGUGAAGAACCGCGAGACGGGCAAGUUCGUCAGCGCCACGCUCGACGUGCAGGGCGUGGAGCGCUGCGUCUACCUGCAGCCGCGCACCAACGCCGACGGCACGACGGCGACCGAGGACGACGUCUACGACGAGUUUGACUCGAUCCGCAGCAAGUACGGCAUCAAGAGCUUCCUCGGCAAGUGGGUGACGCGCAAGUACGCCUUCGAGGUGCCUGGCGUGCCGGCCGAGGGCGAGUACCUCAAGGUCAAGUACGGCUUCGACGAGCCGGAGCUGCCCGCAGAUCUCUCGGGCGCGACCUUCAGCCGGGCCUUCGGCGUGAGCACGAGCGCGUUCGAGCUCUUUGUCGUCAAGCGCGGCAUCAUGGGCCCGUGCUGGCUCGACGUGCGCGAUGCGGUGAUCCGCGCCGACGGGCCUGAGCUCAGCUGGUGCAAGGUCGAGUUUCAGGUCGACGAGCCGAAGAGCGUGCACAUCUUCCGCGACGACGACGCGACUGCCCCACGCGAGGCACCGCCGCUCACCGUAAUGAGCCUGUCUGGCCGCACGGUGAUGAACCACGAGGCCAACAAGCGCGAGAUCGUGUGCGUGUCGGCGCAGACGUGGUCGGACUUGCAGCUCGAGGACCCGACGCCGCCAGAGGAGAUUCAGAGCCACCUCUUCACCGUCGUGCGGCCACUCGGCGGCACCUUCCCCGCCAACUUCGAGGCUGAGGCAAAGUCGGGCCGCACGCGCAUCGUUACUGCCAAGUACGAGCGCAUGCUGCUCAACCAGCUCCUGGCGCAGAUCCACCUGCAAGACCCCGACAUCAUCGUGUCGCACGAGUUCACCGGCGUCUUCCUCGACGUGCUGCUGAAGCGCAUCAGCGAGCUCAAAGCGGACCACUGGUCCCGCAUCGGCCGCUUCCGCAAGGCCAAGAUGCCCGCAAUCCGCGCCGGCUUCAAGCUGACGCUCAUCGCCGGCCGCCUCGUGUGCGACCUGGCUAGCGAGACCGCCAAGGGCAUCAUCCCGUCCGUCACCUGGUCGCUGACCGAGAUGUGCUCGACGCAUCUCAAGACGCAGCGCGAGGACGUCGACCCGGACGAGACGGCGUCCUUCUUCGACAGCCUCGCGCCGUCGCCCGAGCGCCUUCUCACCUUCGUGCGGCACUGCGAGGUCGAUGCGUUCCUGCAGAUGGCGCUCGCGUGCAAGGUGCAGAUCCUCGCGCUCACCAAGCAGCUCACCAACCUCGCGGGCAACUCGUGGGCGCGCUGCCUCAACGGAGGCCGCGCCGAGCGCAACGACUACAUCUUGCUGCACGACUUCCACCGCCAGAAAUUCAUCUGCCCCGACAAGCCGGCGUUCGUGUCGUCGUUCGACAAGCGCAAGGCGGCCGCCAAGGCCGACCACGACGGCGCCGACGGCGAGGAGGCAACGGGCACGGGCAAGGUCGCCGUCGCGAGCAAGCAGAAGUUCAAGGGCGGCCUCGUCUUCGAGCCGAAGCGCGGCCUGUACGACAAGUACAUCAUCGUCAUGGACUUCAACUCGCUCUACCCGUCCAUCAUCCAAGAGUUCAACAUCGACUUCACGACCGUCGACCGCGCGGCGUGCAACGCCAACAUGGACGACAUCGACCAGCUGCCCGACGUGCCCUCGUCGGACGUCAAGCAAGGCGUGCUGCCGCGGCUCAUUGCCACGCUCGUGGCGCGCCGACGACAGGUGAAGAGCCUGAUGAAGGACCGCAAGGCGACGCCGGCACAGCAGCUGCAGUGGCAGAUCAAGCAGCUCGCCCUCAAGCUCACGGCCAACUCGAUGUACGGCUGCCUCGGCUUCGAGAUGAGCCGCUUCUACGCCCGGCCACUCGCGGCGCUCACCACCUUCAAGGGCCGUGAGGUGCUCAUGGCGACGAAGGACCUCGCCGAGAGCCUCUCGCUCGACGUCAUCUACGGCGACACUGACUCCGUCAUGAUCAACACCAACGCGACGGACCUGGCCGAGGCGAUGCGCAUCGGCGGCGAGUUCCGCCGCGCUGUCAACGAGCGCUACCGCCUGCUUGAGAUCGACAUCGACGGCGUCUUCCAGCGCAUGCUCCUUGUGCAGAAGAAGAAGUACGCCGCGCUGAAGAUGGAGGACGGCAAGACGACCGUCGAGGUCAAGGGCCUGGACCAGAAGCGUCGCGAGUUCUGCGCUCUCAGCAAGAACGUCUCGAACUACGUGCUCGAGCAGAUCCUCUCGGGCGAGGCCACCGAGACGGUCGUCGAGAAGAUCCACGAGCACCUGACGCAGGUCGGCGAGGAGGUGCGCGAGUCCAAGGUCGACCUGGAAGACUUCAUCAUCUACAAGCAGCUCGGCAAGAAUCCGGCCGAGUACAGCACGUCGACGCCGCUGCCGCACGUCAAGGUCGCACUGCGCGCCAUCGAGAAGGGCGAGAGCAUGCGUGCCGGCGACGUCGUGCCGUAUGUCUUCUGCCUCGGCGAGGACGGCUCGAGCGCUUCCAAGUCGGCACAGGCAGACCGUGCCUUCAGCCCGAACGACCUGCGGCGACCCGGCUCGACGCUGCGCAUCGACUUUGAGCACUACCUCGCGCUGCAGAUCCUCCCGCCGGUCGAACGUCUGUGCGAGAACAUCGAGGGCACCGACCGCAUGCGCCUGGCCGAGUGCCUCGGCCUGGACGCGUCUCGCUACGCGACACACUCGGCCUCGGGCGCCAUCGACCCGAGCAACGGCCGCGAGUUCGUCACGCUCGACAGCCAGGUGCCCGACGAGGUGCGCUACGCCAAGUGCGAGCAGCUCAAGCUUCGCUGCUCUGCGUGCGGCGAGGCGUCGAGCUUCGAGGGCCUGCAGGCCUGCUCCUCGGCGUCGGAGCAGCGCAAGGGCAUGCUCUCGCGCGAGGGCAUCGUGUGCACCAACGCCUCGUGCGGCGCUCAGUUCGGCCUGGCGAGCCUGGCCAUCCAGCUCGAGCAGGCGAUCCGCGCACACAUCGCUCGCUACUACGAUGGCUGGAGCGCAUGUACGGAGCCCAGCUGCUGCGCCCAGACGCGUCUCGCCGGCGUGUACGCCCGGAGAUGUCUGGUCGACGGCUGCGCCGGCAAGACGGAGCUGCGCUACGGCGACAAGGCCCUCUACACGCAGCUCUGCUACUUCGAGACGCUCUUCGACGUCACUCGCACGCGCGAGCUCACCAAGGGCCGCGCCAACCACGCCGACAUCCUCGCCUGCUCUGCCAUCAGCGGGCGGCAGCUGGAUCACCUGCACGGCGUCGUCACGCGCUACCUCGAGCGGUCCGGACGCCGCUACGUCGGCCUGGACCGCCUCUUCAAGUCUCUCUACGUCCGCCCGGCCUGAGCCAGAGCUCCGCCGGCAUGCUCCAUCUUCUCGCGACCAUGUAACCUGACCCUGCACGCUCCAUCUGUCUCUUUCUCUGCAAAUGCAUAACGAUAUCACGCGCGCCA